AUGUCUUCAGAGGCUGCGGGUCCACGCGUACGAAACGUAAAGUUCAAACUUGAUGAAAAUGAUCCAUCUGCUCCAGUUGUCGGUGCAGAAGAUGGAAAUGUGGAUUCUUCAUCUGAAACAUUGAGGAGCCCGCGAAAGUCCGUGCUUAAGCAGCGACAGUCUGGCUCUAUACCGCCGCCAUCCCAUUACCAGCACCCAGAUCCACUUUUGCGUAGGUUGCGCCUAAGAGAUGGAUAUGGAAACCCAGUUGAUCUACGAAGCACGUUUCGUGAAGCCAAGCUUGUAUUAUUUUACUUUGGCAGUCAGUGGAAUGCAAGCGAAAGCAGAGGCUGCCAGCGGCUUGUUUCAGAUUUGUGCAGAGAAUAUCCACAUGAGCUCAAGACUGUGUACAUAAGUGUCGACACAGACGUGAAGCAUUACGAGGCAGCCACACGAAACCGCCCAUGGCUAUCUAUGGAGUGGAAUGAUGGGUCCUCCCUUGACCCAGACAAGGAAGAAUCUGCGCAAGAGGUGCCUGCUGAAAACUUUUUGCUAGCCGAUGACCCUGAUACCGAAGAAUUCGUCGUCCAAUCAGACCCCGCCGGCACAUCGUAUGUUCGCCCACUCAGCCGGGUGUACAUGGCAAGUAAAUUUGAGGUGCUAAUCACUCCUACCCUCGUUGCUUACCAUAUUCCAACACGCCGUAUACUCGACCACAAUGUUCGGCUCUCGCGCUUACGCUCGUCGCGCGCAAAGGACACACUAUCUCUUUGGUUAAAAGGUGAACCAUCACCAUCGAUGAACUUCGUCGAUAUCUUGUACAUCACACCAUUGUCUUUCGUGCUUGCUGUGGUUGUUCUCUUGUACUUGUGCAUGCGCAUUACAAUGGGCGAUCAAGUCAGCCUUCCUCAUCUUAUUGCUGGCUAA